AUGAACAUUAUAAAUAAAUAUAGAGCUUUGAAGAAUUGGAUAAAGACAAGCAAAUAUGGAUCUAAAUAUAUAGCAUUCAAAGAGAAAAUGUUGGAUUAAAAGCUUAACAGAGAACUAGUUGGCGAAGAUAGAAUGGGAAAUAAAUACUAUUAAUACUACUCUCCUUGGGGUUUACCUACUCGUAGAGAGAUAGAAUUUGCAAAUAAAAAAAGUUACGAAAUGAAUGAUUUAGCCUUUUACUUCUGGUUAAACAAAAGAGAAGAAAUGCCUCCAACUGAAGAGCAAAUAAAACAAUACUAUUUGGAAGAAGCUGAUAGAAAAAUGAAAGGUAUAGAAUGGGAUAAUAAGGAGAGAAGAAUGAUGGAACAAUUUUAUCAGCAAAGAUUUAAAAUUAUUUAACAAACAGAGGUAAAUAGAAGAUUAGGGUUAGAAGAAGAUGAAAAGGAUAGAUUAUUAAGACUAGAAGCUGAAAACUAAAAGAAAACCAGUGAAGAAUAAACAAGCUAGCCUGAUGCUGGAAAAGAUUAAUUCGAGCCUUAAAAGUGGAAACCCUAAGCAAAAGGGAGAAGAGGUUAAUAAAACGAGGAAUAGUGA